AUGGAUCAAUAUUCAUGUCAGCAUCCUCUAGGUGUUGUUGAAUUGGAUCAAUAUACAUUCGAUUUGAUUGCAUCACGUUUCCGUUAUGUUUUAACAAAAUUUGAUCAUCUUUAUUCAUAUGGACCGAAUCAAAAUGUUUUCAAUCAAUUAGCAUUGGAUACAAUGAAGAUGCUUCAAGCGAAUCAAGAUGGUCAAGAUAUUUUAUUCGUAAAUCUUGAGAUAAAAGAUUUUGAUGAUAAACAAUGUUUUGAAUUAGCUGAAAGAUAUUCCAUCGGGAAAGAUCAAUUUCCAGCAAUCCGGUUAUUCAUCAAUCAAAAUCCAAAUUCGGAUUGGAAGAAGAGGGAAAAUAUCGAACACUUUAAAUCAAUCAAACCAAUUCGUUAUCCUAUACAACGACGACAACAACAAAAAAUCCUAAUAGAUUCAACAAGAUUACGUUUAUUUUUGAAAAAAUUCACUCAAAUUCAAUUACCAUUAUCAAAUUGUACGGAAUAUUUGGAUCAAUUUGCUAGAGAAUUUAUUCAAACAUUCGAUUCGAAUGAUACGUCUUAUUUGAAUGAACAACAAAACAAAAUUAUCGUACAAAUGGAAUCCAUAUUGAACGGACUAAGUGACCAAGAUAAACGAAAACAAACCAUGGAAUAUUUAAAAUGGAUGAAAUAUGGACAAAAAUUCAAAACUUUAAAUGUUUACGAACAACAACAUAAACGUUUAGAUGAUCAAAAACGUCAACAAUUACAAUUACGUUUUAAUAUUUUACAAAGUUUUCGUUUAUCAAAUGAUUAUGAU